UCAACUCCAAAUGGAAGAAAAAGUCCUGCAACCACCACAAUCUGAAAUGAAAGUCAACAUAUGGGAAAUAAAGCCUCCUGAUUUCAGUUACAAACUGUAUACAUCUUUGAGAUUUCCAGAAAAACCAUCAAGGAUUAUUAAGGAAAAACAAGGGAGGGGAAAAAAAGUUAAUUUCCCAGAAACAAUGCUUCACCUGCCCAGCAUAAGGAAUCAUCCCAAGAAGGCCAUAUCUCCAGAGUUUAUAACUACAUUCCCACAUAUGGAUUCAAAUGAAGUGAAGUUAAUGUUUGUGAAGAGUGGAAAGUUUCCAAAUGGUGUAUACCUCAAUCCAAAACCACACGACUUUCGACAGUAUCAACAUAAUUUACCAAACUUUGUGACAACUUUUGAAAGGGACCCUUUUGGAUUAAAAUUUAAGUCCAGACACUUAAGUACAGUACAUGGGUGUCAGUCGCUGAAAGAUGAUAAACAGAAGAACAAUAUAGAAAGAUUUAUCACUUACAAGCCUCAUGAAUGCACCUGGGACCCACAGCUAAUUUUACCAAAAGCCCCAUGGCCCAUUCAAUCAGCUUCAUACACAAGACACAGAAGGCAACGAGAUGUGUACAGUGCAUUUAUGGAUCGUGUGGAAGAGAAGUUUACCCAAACAUGCAAGAACAGGUGGGCAAACACUUCAAGCUUUGUUGCUGAACACUUACAUUAACUUGUUAGAGUUGCUGCUCAAAUGAUCCUUUCAAUAAUACGUUCUUUAUCCCAUAGAAGCUCUAUCACAAGAACUAUAAAUGAAAUAUUUGCAUGAUGGUUAAACCAUUUUAAGUGGAGUCUGAAAGAAUCCAGUUCCUUGAUCCAAGAUGAAUUAUUAUUUCUCCUAGGUUCAGUGGAAUCCUGGAAAACUGUCAGUGACUGUGUCUGUCCAUAUCCCUUCAGGCUUUAUUAUUCUAGAUCAUUUCUGCCCACAUGGCAAUAGUUAGCAUCUGCACCUCCUUGCCCAAGGCUCUCCCUGGCUGCCGUCAGAAGUGCUGGGGGUUAAUAUGUCCCAGCUGCAGCCCUCAGGUAAUAGUGGAGGCGAUUGUUUUAUGCUGCUCCCCAGCGUCCUCCAGGUGGCUAACCUCCAGUUGUUCCGUAGCUACUUCACUCUGUUGGCUUCCUUCCUAUCUCACUGGCCCACGUGCUUACCUUGCCACCAUUUUACCUUCAUCUGGAGACCACCUCUGGUAGGAACAGAGUUUUGGCUAAGCAUCUGCUUCUGGGGAAACCUAAAUCAUGACACCCUAAGGCAGUAGUAUAAUGAUCUUAGAAGGCAGAAAGCCUGGCUUUGAAUCCCAGCCUGGCUACGUGAUCUUGGACCGAUUACGCAACCACACUCAACCUCAGUUCUUCACCUGUAAAAUUUGAAUAAUAUAUGCUGUCCCAGAUGCAGACAAGGGGGUGGUCACCUUAUAGCUGACUUACCUUAUAGCUUCCCUUACCUCUCU